AUGUAAUUUUGCCAUAAAAAUCGAGUCUUUGUUAAGUAAUAAUCUCUAGAUUAGAGCGAAAACAAUGGAUAAUAACAUAAUACUUUGGAAUAAGAUUUAAUUGAAUUGGGAUUUUAAACUGGCUAGAUACUUUUUGUUCCAAGAAUUGAGUCUCAAAAAAUGUUAAUGCAAACUAUUGUUGUUAAAGUAAUUAUAGUUCUUUUUCUAGGAUACUUAAAACAAGAGUAUUCAUGUCAAUCUUAAUCCUUAGACUGUGAAAAAAGUCAAAUUGUAUUUGAACAAUUAAGCAUAAAAAGGAAAAUUACAUCUACAGCAUGCUGAAGUAAGUUAUAAUUUUUUAUUAGAUUAAUACUGAUAAACUGAUUUGUAGAAUAUGUUUAGAGGAUGGUCAAAUGAAUGCAUUUAUUAAGCCAUGUGAAUGCAAAGGUUCUAUUCAGUAUGUUCAUGAGGAUUGUUUAAAAACAUGGCUAUUACGAAAUCACAAAAUUGAUGAAAUAGCAGCAAAUAGAGUAAGUUUCGACUCAUACUUUAGGUCUUUUGUGAGUUAUGCAAAAAGACCUUUGAUUGUGAAGUCUAAUUUGAAUAAAAAUACGAAUUUUCAUAGCUGUUAAGAAUUCCGAAAAAUUAAAAAUGUUGUUUGCUAGGCUUUUUAACAUUAAGUCUUUUUUUAUAUGGAUUAGGGAUUACCCUAGGAGUUAUAUUAUACGAAAAUGAGAAUUUUAUUAUUGCAUGCAUCAUUGGAAUUGUACUUAGUUUCUUUAUUGGAUUAAUAAUAUAGAUUCUCUUAUUAGCAUUAGUUAUGGAAAUUAUUUCAAUUACUAAAGUUUUAAAAUGGAACAUAAAUGAAUUUAAAGUAGCCCAAAAAAUGUUAAAAUUAAAAUUGGAUAAGAAAAGAAUCUAUAAAUCCAAUUCAGCCCCAAUAUUAACUAUCAAAGAGGAUUUUGUAAUAAAAAUUUUAACAAAAUAACAAACCAAUCUUGAUCUAUUUUCUUGA